GCAGCGGAGGAGGAAUCUGACACGCACCAGCCCGGCUCCCGCCCCAGUCGAAGCCGAAGCUGCAGCCGGCGCCGGGCCGGGGCCAUGGGCGCCCCGCGUGGCCCGGGUCAUGAGGACGGAGGAGGCAGCGGGGCCGCAGCUCGAGCCUGGAGACUUUGUGCAGCUGCCCGUGCCCAUCAUCCAGCAGCUCUACCACUGGGACUGUGGCCUGGCCUGCUCCAAGAUGGUGCUGCGGUACCUAGGCCCGCUGGACGAUGGUGAGUUUGAGAGUGCCCUGCGGGAGCUACGACUCACCAGGAGCAUCUGGACCAUUGACCUGGCCUAUCUGAUGCGCCACUUUGGCGUGCGGCACCGCUUCUGCACUCAGACCCUGGGCGUCGACAAGGGCUACAAGAACCAGUCCUUCUACAGGAAGCACUUUGACACAGAGGAGACCCGGGUGAACCAGCUGUUUGCACAAGCCAAGGCCUGCAAGGUGCUUGUGGAAAAAUGCACAGUGAGUGUGCAGGACAUCCAGGAGCACUUGGCACAGGGCCAUGUGGCCAUCGUGUUGGUGAACUCUGGGGUACUGCACUGCGACCUCUGCUCCAGUCCGGUCAAGUACUGCUGCUUCGCCCCCAGUGGCCACCGCUGCUGCUGCCGGAGCCCCGACUACCAGGGCCACUUCAUCGUGCUGCGUGGCUACAACCGGGCCACUGGCUGCAUCUUCUACAACAAUCCAGCCUAUGCCGACCCAGGAAUGUGCAGCACCAGCAUCAGUAACUUCGAGGAAGCCAGAACCAGUUAUGGCACAGAUGAGGAUAUCCUCUUUGUCUACUUGGACAGCUGACAGUGGGAGGCUGGUGUGCCCAGGUCCUCACACCCUGCCCCACCCUAGCCGGGCCAACUCAGGAGGCCUUGGCCCAGGCCCCAAGCUGCUGGGGCUUGGAUGCAGAGCUGCAGCCUCGGCCCAUGUGACAAAGCCCCAGAGAGUUCUUGGAGCCCGAGGCUUGCAUGCUUUGUCUGCCAGCAUUGUGCCUGUCGUCAUGCCACUUACCCUGUGCACCUGCUGGUUGCUGGAGGCAUCUCCAGAGCAUCUGAGUAGAGCCUCCCCCAGGAUCCCAAACCUGACUUGAACAAUGCCCAGGGGACUUCCAGCCCUGUGGGUGCCCUUCUUGCCCGCAAACCAGACCCAGGGCAGGGGAGAACCUGAGCUCGUCUUGCCACAGACCUGGGGCUUGAGCCCUGAAGAUGCCACUUGUCAGGAUGGUGUCCACGUAUUUGGAGACCAUGUAGCCAACCCGCCUAUCCCCCAGAAGUACUAUGGACCUCCCUGUGCCCUUUGGUGGAUGCCGCCACUCCCUCCCGCCUCCCAGUGGACCCGCAUUCCUGUGGCUGGUGGUGAGGCCUCUGGGCUUCUGGGCUCUGGAGAGGGCUGGGCCUCAGGCUGAAAGGACCCUGAACCCCCCACCCCUCGGCCUCCAGGUACUAUAGCACUAUAGAUUGGAGGGCCAUCUGGGUCGUAAACGGGACCCCGGCUCUUGCUAGCUGGCAGUGCAGAGCAUACUCCAAGAAUGCCUGACCCAGAGGGCCAGGUGCAGCUGCCUGGGUCCCAAAGGACUCCCCCCAACCUGUGAGCCCUCCUGACACUAGCCUAAGCCCUGACAGUGGGGCCCAUUCUCUGGGUGUGGGGAGCCCCAAGCCUCAUAGGCCUGGGUGCCGGGGUAUGCUGGGGCCUGCACUCCUGAGGCAAUGGUGGGAGACCAUCCAUGGCCUCCCACCCAUCCUGAUAUUCACACCGGGACCUUUUGCACCGAAUGUUGGGUCUCUUCUGUCCUCACAGAGAAGGGUGGUACCUGCCCAGGGUCACACAGCACAGCACGAAACAUAGACUAGAGCUGUUUCCUUCUUUUUCUUUCUUUCUUUUUUUUUUUCUUUCUUUCUUGUAGGGGUAGGGGGUGCUUUGGUUUUUUUUGAGAUUUAAGUUUUUCACUUGUGGGGAGUGAGAGUCCCUCUCAAGUAAGACAAUAAUAGCAAGAUUGCAGGUACUUUGGAGCCGCUGACACCUCUCUGCACAGAGCAGAUCAGCCAGCCCAAGUUGUCUUUCAAAGAGAAAGGGACUCAACGGCUGGUGGGCUGAGUGCCAGGGCCCCCCAGCUUACAGACAAAAUCUGGCCAUCAGUCUAGGGAGAGUUUGCCCAGGACUAUGGUGGGGUUGGGUCUCGAACCUAGGUCUACACCAGAAAACUAAGGGAACUGGCUCAUUCCCAAAGGGGCCAAGAACACCCACCCCCUCGUGAGCUGUUCCUGGCAAAGGAGCAGGGCUGCGCCAGCAGCCACACUGCCCCUGUCCCCCGGUGUCUUGGUCCUCUGUUGCCCAAGGCAUGACAUGGUGGCAGGUGCUACGCCUCUGGCCUGCAAACCCUGCUCAUCAUCUGUUCCCACCAGCUGGCUGAUGCCUCCCCACCAUGGCUUCUCUGAGGCGCGGAGGUGGGCUCUGCGCACAAGGGCUGUCGGACCACUCAGCUGUAUUGCUCCUCAACACCAGAUCCAGCCUUUGGCCCCAGGGGAGGUGCUGUUAGCUGCUUAGCCAACAGGUUAGCCCCCCUGGUUUCAGAGACGAGCAGUGUCUUCAGACUGGCCUUCUCUCUUUUGCCUUAAUGUCGGUGGCCCAGGAUCCCAGGGAGCUCUGGUUGCAUGCCCAGGAAUACCAUGUGUGGCAGCCAUGGGAUUUGGGCCUCCUCAGGAAGGAUCUGGCUAAAAUUGUGGUGAGAAUAGACGCAUCAAGGAAAAAGCAAUGAGGAAGUGAAGCUUCGGAUGAUGGGUGGGGCUGUCACUGGGAGCAGCUGGCCCAGAGAGCAGUCACAGCACCUCAGUCCUUCACAUGAGACGUGUGGAAAACGCUCAGUUCCUGGGCAGGCCACAAGUUAGAGGUCACCUGUCUAGAAGAUUAACAAGAAAGCUACCUGUGCCUCAGAUGGUGCCAUCUGCCCGGGAGGGUCACGGGUGGGACGCAAAGGCGUUCUCGCACACGUCACGGAAACAAGGCUGGAGAAUCCAGAUUUCAGGAACCAGUGCCCAUAACACGUGGCUCCCAUGACCCCAGUCCACAUGCUGGGGGCCCAGCGAAACCACACUGGACAGUUGGUUUUGUUCACUCCAGCCACACAGGGACAAAAGGGAUCUUUUGCAUUGCA